AUGCGUCUGCGUCUACUUGCUGUGAUUUUUCUCAUUUCAGCUAUAUUUUGCUUACCACCAUCAGGUAUGGCGUUUCAAGCCACUCCUUUGGAAUUGCAUGAUUUUUCACUCCAUGGUGAGUUAAAAAUUACAUUAUUCAUCUGUUCACUUUCAGAAUUCAAUCCCGUUACGAACGAUAGCAGUUAUAUUUCUGUACGAAAUGGCAGUACCAAUGAGGAGCCUGUGAAAAGUGAGCCGGCUGUGGACAAUGGAGAGCACCUAUCAGAAUGCAGUAGUUUAGAUGAUUACACAGAGGUGGAAUUGCCGUCAGAUGUCCCAGAUGGUCCUGAAUUUGACGACUUAGCAGCUUACGUUGAUGGCGUUGCUGCGCGGCUCAAAGCAGAUCAGCAACAGUCCGCCCAUCUGGCUUAUGACGUCUCGGGUAAAUCUCCACUGGCUUCAGAAAAUCAUUGUGGUUCUUGCAGUGCUCCUACUAGCGACGGUGUCGAGGAAUUUGCCAGUUUCUCCACUUUUGAACCUUCCGUCGUGGGGUCUGACGCCUGGGCAACCGUAACUGCCACUUUUGAGCAGGACCUGAACCGUCAUGAAUCUUUGCAAUCCAAAUGGCCAGAUGGAUCCUCAGUUGCGCCAGCAGUCUUUCCGGAGUCUAAUGAAGGCAGUGACGGCGAGGAAUUCGGGGAUUUCGAAUCCUCAGUUCCACAUUCUGAGCCCUCGGACGUGGCAAACUUGGUUAGAGAUGUGCAAAUUGACCAUCCUCCAAUCGGAAUCUUGGAACGAUUGCUUUCCCACUUGGAGCCUGCCCUCGGGCGAGCAUUUUCAUCCCCCACUGGAAAUGACUGGGUGAACGAUGAGAAAGGCGUGUCCGAAAUCACGGAUCUGGACACUGGAAGUUCUCUGGCUGUGAUACACUCUCCUUGUAAAGUAAACAGACCCUCACUGUGGCCAAAAAUGUUACCACUACACCGCACCCAUGCUCAGCGGUUUCACUGGAGUAAAUCACCAAUCUAUGAUGCUUAUCUACAAUCGCUGCAUGUGGACCCCCGUAGUGCAAUGCCUGCUUUUGCCAGUCAGUUGCGGCUUCUGGAGCCCGUCAGGCUUGAUUCUGUCAAUCGGUCCUCUUCCACUGUACAGUCAAGCAAAACAUCCACGCUAUCCUCUCCUACCCGAACGUCUGGAUCUUCUUUGAAACCUAAUACUGAUCGGUCCUCAACAAGUUCCUCGGCCGAAACCCCCGAAUUCGAUUGGAAUUCCAGCGGUCUGAGAAAUCCCUUCCAAGAAACCAAUGCUAAUCCGAUACAGCUGGAUCUAGAUUUCUUCGAGCUUCAGCAACCACCAGCACAGCAGCAAGUGAAUUCGAGUUUGGAAAAGUCAAGCGGAGUAGCAGAACUUGAGCGAGAGUUAUUCUCUGCAAUCGUGAAGCCUCCUUCAAAUACCGUGCCACAGUUGGUGGUUAACCAACCAUCUGCCACUCCAGCUGUACCAGAACGCAGUAAAAACGUACGUACCGCCUUGAUGAGGCUCCCUAAGCUGACUUAUAUGCGGGCGAAGUGCCUCAUAUUCCCUGUAGCCGAGGAAAAACCCACGUGAUUGAUUCACCUUCCGUCUUCGUUCGCAAGUUUCCGUGAUGAGGAUUUCAUAUAAAUCUUUACGCACUUGUUUUGAUUCACUAAAGCGGUGGCUGACGAUUUUUUCCGUCAACGUAUGCUUUUGUGCGCAAGGGACUUGUUGACUUUCAGUUGUCCAUUUUUCUCCGUUAACCCACUGAUGCCUUUUAUUAAUUUCUCAUCUGUGACAAAUGCUACUUUGGAUUCUUAUGAUCAAAUGUUUC